AUGAUAAAGCCCAAACCGUUUAAGCUGCGCCCGCCUCAGGGUGUUGUUUUUGACAUGGACGGUACGCUGACACGCCCGCAAACACAAAUGUUCACCGAUAUGCGGCGUGCUCUGCAAAUUGAGCACGUCAAGAUCGAUGUUCUGGACCAUUUGGCGACUCUCUCCGAUGACGAUAAACAGCUCGCCGAGGAAAAGCUGGCGCAGAUCGAGGAGUCCUACAUGCUCAAGACAGAGCCCACGGUAGGUGUCAUGGAACUUUUCCAAUUUUUGUCGCGCAAGAAUAUCAAGUAUACAGUUUGCACGAGAAACCUAAUUAAGCCCGUGCUCCACCUGCUGGAAACGCAUCUGAAAGGCGUCGAGUUUUGCGAGCCGGUUGUCACUCGCAGCUUCAGGCCCGCCAAGCCGGCUGCAGACCCGCUGCUCCACAUAGCAGCCACAUGGGGGUUCCAGCCCAAGGACAUGGUCAUGGUAGGUGACUCGCGUGACGACAUGCUAGCUGGACUAGCAGCCGGGUUCACUACGGUUUUGCUCCGGCACGAGGACAAUGCCAAGGUUGUUGAUGACUUUCCGCAAAUAGAUUACGUGAUUCGCGAUUUCCACGAGCUGAUAGAAUUAUUAGAGGACUAG